GGAAGAAAAAGAAGAAGAAUGUUUGAAUAAUGGUUGACAUAUGACAUGUUCAGACAUGACAAUUUGCAACCUGUUCAAGUUUAAAUUCGUUACAUUUACAACUUGCAGUGCAUACACUAUUCACCGUUUUGAUUUGAGCUGAGAUUAUAUCAUUGAUCUGUUUACUUAAGGAUUUUUAAAUAUUUAUAAUGGAGCCCAUGACGUUAGGAAGCCCAACUGCAAGCCCUUCAUCCCCACAAAUCAAUCCAAAUUUUUUACCAGGUUUCCUUAUAGGGGACUCUCAGCCUACACCAACAAACCUUACCACUUCACCAGGGAGAAACCGUAACAACUCAACUACUUUUACAAAGAUAUCACUGAAUUCUCCUGAACCACGAAAUCUAAGACAAAAGUUGUUCACUUCGCAAAUGUCAGAAUCGUCUUUUCAAUCUCCAUUUGUCCCUCUAUCAGAGAAAGGCGGACCUCCCAAGCAAGGUUUAUUUGAUACACUAGAUAGUAGUAAAAGACUUCAAGGUAGCCCUAUGUUGAGCAGUACUGUGUCUCCUUUUUGCGAGAACCCUUCAUUCAAUGAAAGUGUAUCACGAAUAAAUGGAGAUAAUGUGAUAAAUGGAAAUAUGAGCAUGACUAUGAUGACUGAAACACCAAGGAUGCAUUCAAGUUUGAAUCGUUUAGAAAGAAUAGAUUCUAACUGGGUUACGGUAUUUGGCUUCCCACCCAGUGCAAUGAGUUUAAUUUUAGCACAGUUAUCCAAUUGUGGAACCAUAGUGGAUAAAAUACUACCUUCACAAGGAAAUUGGUUGCAUAUUAAAUUUAGCAACCCUAAUGAAGUUUCUAGAGCCUUAACUUUGAAUGGAAAGUGUAUAAAUAAUAGCAUUAUGAUUGGAGUUCAUUUAUGUCAUAACAAAGAUAAUAAGGAAAAUAAUGUUUCUAAUACAAAUGUUUUCUCCCCUCCAGCUAGAGCGAGAUCUUUACGCCAGUCUUUUACAUCUCCUCCUAGCAUGAACAAUAGUGUUAUUCUUCCACAAAAUGUUCCACAAAAGUCUACAGGAUUAGUCAAUAAAGCCAUGGAGUACGUCUUUGGCUGGUGAUAAUGUUUAUUUUUAUAUUUUUCCAUGUUGACUGCUUAUGAUGUAGAUUAUUGUUUAUAUGAUGUCCUAUUUCAUCUUUAUAUUGGAAUGAAUGUAUUGAAUUAAUUGUCUACUAGGUGAAACUUUUGAAAUAAAACAAUUUUAUUGCA